AUGUCGACGACCACCGCAACCAAGGCCACCAAUGGGCCAACAUCUGCAAGCGCAUCAGCCGGGCCUUUUCAACCGAGACUUCCACUGGUAAAGAGGAUAGUGUGCUGGAUGCAGGCAAUGGCUUUCAGCGGCUCGAUGAGCGCCGUGAAGACAUUGAAACCGGCCGUUGACAGGAUUUUCCCCCAGCCGUUCCACCCGACCUUGAUAAAGAAGUAUCAGUCACGGCCUGGGCUUCCGAUUCGGGUCUUCUUCCCCAAGGAUUACGACCACGUCAACCCCCAAGGAAACCCCCUGCCAUGCCUGUUCACCAUCCACGGUGGUGGGUUCGUCGUGGGCAUCCCGGACUUUAAUGAUGAUUGGAACCACCACUUCAGCAAUACCCACUCGGCGAUCGUGAUCGCUCUCAACUACCGAAAAGCCCCCAGACACCCCUUCCCCACACCGAUCCAUGACGUCGCGGCCCUCAUCACCACGGUGCUCGACGACCACAAAGACCUGGCUCGCCACAUCGACCCCAACCGUGUAGCCGUCGCUGGCUUCUCCGCCGGCGGGAGCCUUACCCUGGCCGUAAGCCAGCUACCCCAGAUCCGCUCCAGGAUCCAGGCCAUCGUGCCCGUAUACCCGGCGUGCGAUUUCGCAACCCCGACGGACGUCAAAGUACGGCUGAGGAGAUACAAACCGGAGCUGAAAGGAUUCCGAGCCCGCCGCAGCGACUUCCUCAUAUACAUGUUUGCUUGUUUUAACUGGAGCUACAUCCCCGUCGGUCAGGACCUGACGGACCCGCUCCUCAGUGGAGAGGUCCUCCCCGCGUCGUCCUUGCCGAAACGCGUGUUUAUCAUCGCGGCCGAGAUGGACCUCCUGGCGCACGGCGCAUGGAGAUUGGCAUGCAGGCUGGCCCGGAAGCCGGUGCCCGGACAUGAUCAACAGGUUGGACGGCCGGAGGUGCAGCCACCACACAGGCUUGUCCUGGACGACGAGGCUUACCACUGGAUACAAAAGACCGAAGACGGACGGGAGGUCAGGUGGUUGCUCGCGCCCGAUGCGGUGCACGCUUUCGAUAUGGAGGCCAAGAUUUUAGCGCCUUUCGACAAUGUCAUGAAGGCGGAUUGUAGGGCUAAGAGGGAUCAAGAGAUCGAGUUAAUCGGGAGGUGGCUUUGGGGCUAG